GUUCCCUUAUUGCGCAUAAAUGAUUCCUACUCUUUUAACGGCUUUGCUUUUGAGUAUGAGUAUUGGAAAAUGAGAUGUUUCUUUCCGUCCUGUACAUGUUUUUUCAUAUGGUGUACGCAUGUCAUGCAGUUUACAGAAAUGCAGAAGAUAUGAACAACCACUCAGUUUGCCUGCAUGUUCUUGCAGAUUCCAUUCGUAGUGCAGGGUUGAUAUUGGCAUCUUGGUUUCUGUCUCUGGGGGUUCAGAAUGCAGAAGUUUUGUGUUUCGGACUAGUUUCAGUUGCAGUUUUUAUGCUUGUAAUGCCACUAUUUAGAGCGAGUGGUGGUAUUCUACUCCAAAUGGCACCACCAAACGUUCCAACUUCUGCAUUGAGCAAAUGCUGGCGACAGAUUACUGCUCGCGAAGAUGUUUCUGAAGUUUCUCAAGCACGGUUUUGGGAAUUGGUUCCUGGUCAUGUUGUUGGCUCACUUUCAAUACAGGUAAAGAAAGGGAUAGAUGAUCGCCCCAUACUUCAAUUAGUGCAUGGUUUGUACCAUGAUUUGGGAAUACAGGACUUGACAGUGCAAGCUGACAAUGUCUGAGAGUUUUGUUUCUGGUUUCGGCGUUGAUUGACAUUUAGUGAAGAUGGUAUUGGGUUGAAGUCCGAGAUAUAGAUUUGUUCCCACUUUCAUUUGAAACCAUGGUAUUACCAGUUGGCGAGUAUUAGAAAAUAUAAGAGAGGAGUUUGAUUGGAUCCAUGUCAUUG